CUCACCUGCUUGAGGUAGUAGAUGACCAAGUUGAGUCGAGCCUCGGGAAUGACGUCCACCAGUGGCGGUAGCACCUGCAGGGCACUCUCUCCCCCACGAAACACCACUAGGUUGUGGCGCACCAGGUCUUGGGCAAAGUCUUGUGAUAAUGCGUUUCAAAACAUCAAUGCUGAAUAAACCCAAGCACACUGACAUUGUAUCAUGUGUGGGAUGGAUGUCACCUGAUGAAGUGUAUUCCUGUAGUGAUGACCAGCAACUCCUUCAGUGGAAUCUGGUGUCCAAUGAGACCACAAAGAUUGCACAGUUCACCUCUUCUCUGUACCCCAUUGACCUGCAGUGGCUUCCCAGGACAGCUGUGCAGAAAACCAAAGUUGGGUCAGAGGUAUUUUUACUGACUGCAUGUGAUGGAAAGUUUUACAUAGUGAGCCGGAAUGGUCGCAUUGAGAAAACUGUGGAGGCUCACCGUGGGGCUGUGCUGGCAGGGCAAUGGAGCCAUGAUGGGGCCGGACUUGUCACUGCUGGUGAGGAUGGGUUAGUGAAGAUCUGGUCCCGCAGUGGCAUGCUGAGGUCUACACUGGUCCAGGUGUCUGUGCCGGUGUAUGGGGCAGCCUGGGCCCCUGAUUCUGAUGGGGUACUGUAUACCACAGGCACCAACCUCAUCAUCAAGCCACUCGCCCCCAACUCAAAGCCUAUACAGUGGAAGGCACAUGAUGGGGUGAUCCUGAAGGUGGCAUGGAACCCCAACACUGGCCUCAUCCUGUCAGGUGGCGAGGACACCAAAUACCGUGUGUGGGACAACUUUGGCCGCCAGCUGUACACCUCCAGCCCACACCACCACCCCAUCACCUCCCUUGCUUGGUCCCCCGAUGGCCAGCUUUUUGCGGUGGGGUCCUUCAACACCCUCAGACUUUGUGACAAGGCUGGCUGGUGUCACUCCCUGGAGAAGCCCAGCACUGGCAGCAUCUUCAAUAUUGCCUGGUCGAGUGAUGGGACCCAAUUUGCUGGGGCGUGUGGCAACGGGCAAGUCAUAUUCUCCCAUAUCAUUGAGAAACACCUAGAAUGGAAAAAUUAUGAGGCCACAGUGACCAGCCGGAAGAGCAUUGCCCUACGUGACGUGACCAACGAGGCCUGGGAGAAACUGGAGAUGAGGGACCGCAUCAUCAACGUGUCUUUGUCCUACGGCUACAUGGUCAUCAUCACCUCCUCCCAGGGCUACAUCUACUCCACACGGAACUGGAACACACCAUUCAUCUUCGAUCUCAAAGAGUCCAACGUGAGCCUUAUCAUGCAAGCCGAACGCCACUUCCUGGUGGUGGACGGGGCUAAUGUUUAUGUCUACUCCUAUGACGGCCGGGUGCUGUGUGCACCACGCUGGCCAGGCAUGCGGACAGAUGUGCUCAACAGCCGCACUGUCUCGCUCUCCAAUGACACGCUGGCCAUCAGGGACAAGAGUGACGAGAAGGUGGUGCAUCUGUUUGACGCCACCACAGGCAAGGGCCUCAAUGAUGGCAAGGCUUGGUCCCACAAGCUGGAGAUAGUGGAGGUGGCCCUGGACAAAGUUGGGACAGCUCACGAAAGGCGUAUGGCCAUUGUGGAUCGAAACCGUGACCUCCUACUGGUGACCCUGCAGCGUGUGGGCACCAUGAGCCGGGCGGUAAAGCUUGGCGGCAUGGUGCAGUCCCUGUGCUGGAAUGAUGGGGCAAAUAUGCUAGCAGCACUGCAGGACUCCAAGUUUACUGUCUGGUUCUAUCCUGCUGUGGUUUUUGUGGACCGUGACAUGCUGCAGGCCACCGCCAUGGAGCGUGAUGCAGUGGAGUAUGGCAAGAAUGCGGUGGUUGACAGUUUCCUGGACUCUGUGGUGACUGUGAGGCGGGCAGAUGGUAGCCUGGUCACUACAAGCAUCACCCCAUAUCCUGCACUGCUCCACAACUACGUGACUGCCAAGCGCUGGGAUGAUGCAGUGAGGCUGGCCAGGUUUGUGAAGGAUGAUAUUGUUUGGGCCUGUCUGGCAGCCAUGGCCACUGCUCACAAGGAACUCAUCACUGCUGAGGUGGCAUAUGCUGCGAUAAACCAGGCUGAGAAGGUGCAGUACAUUCGCUACAUCAAGGAAAUACCCAUCAAGGAAGUACGAGUAGCUGAGAUGGCCAUGCUGGGAGGCCACAUAGGAGAUGCUGAGGCUACUUUAGUUCAGUCUGGCCUUCACUUCAGGGCCAUAAUGCUGAAUCUCAUGACAUACAACUUUGAGCGAGCACUGCAGCUGGCCAUCAGACACAAGACUCAUGUGGAUACAGUAGUUGCAUACAGGAAGAGGUACCUGGCUCGCUUCAAUAAGCCAGAAACCAGCAAAAUUUUCCAGCAGUACGAAAAGCAGGUGAAUAUAGACUGGAAGACAAUUAAUGAGAAGAUUGCAAUGGAGUACCAGAGGGAGAGGGAGAAGCCAACAUCUCCACAAGCUAACUUAUGAAUGGUGAGGAAUGCUGUCAGGAAGGGCAUCUAGCUUUAAAACUGUCUGCCAAAGCCACAAAUGGAAUGAGCCAAAAUAUGGAUGGUGAUAGUAGUAGGUCGUCCUCCAUAAACGACGCACAGAUACAUUGCCCUAUCUCUGUGGCUGGACAAGGGCUAUUGCACCAGGAGUAGGUGCUGGUAAAGAAGAUAACUCACAGUGGGGUUAGAGCAUGUCAGCUUAAUAUUGGGUCAAUGAUAGGUAGAGAACUGUCUGACCUUAUGAGAAUGAAGACAGGAGGUGUUUUAUGUGAGCAAGAAACACAAUGGAAAGGAAAUAGAGGAAAAGAACUAGGUGAUGGAUAGGGAGGUAGUGGUGUUGCAGAUAAGUUGGUGAGUGUGGGAUUGGGCAGACGUCCAUGCAUAGAUACGAAUCCCACCACAAGCUGUCAUGAAACUUUGUCAUGUGUCGAGUGGUUUAAAGUUACCUACAUGUCACCAUGAUACCUAGGUUCUAGGUUCAAGUGUAAUUGUCUUACACCAAAGAUGUGCUUGGGUGGUGAUAUGGGCCUUGAUAUGGGUAUCACUAUAAAUAAAAAUGCCUGUGCCACUAAUGGGUGGAAGCUGGACAGCACCUCCCAUACUCUUCAAGUUUACCUACAAGUGCUUUAGGCUAUAACAUUAAAAAAAAAAAAAAAAAAAAAAAAAAGCUUUAUUACAGUGGAGCAAAUGAACAAGGUAGCAAUAGAGUUGGCAUAAUCUUGUCAAUGACAUCUUGUGGGUGUGUUUGGCAGCCAUAGCCACUGCUCACAAGGACUGAAUGGACUUGAUGGAGAUUAAAUAAAGAGAGUACAUAGACAGGUAUAAGUACUUAGGAUCCAUAGUCAGUGCCAAUGGAAGUAUGGAAGAAGUGAAACAUUGGAUACAGACAGGGUGGAGCAACUGAAGAGGUGCCUUGGGAGUCCUGUGUGACAAGAGGACACCAAUGAAAUUGAAAUUAAAAUUCCACAAGACAUUGUUAAGAGCAGCAAUGCUAUAUGGAACAGAAAUAGCAAGCAUGAGGAAGGCUAAGAGCAAUGCUAUAUGGAACAGAAAUAGCAAGCAUGAGGAAGACUAGGAAGAUGAUGAAUGUUGCAGAAAUGAGAAUCUUAGCUGGAUGUCUGGAGU